AAAAACACAAUACCAAAUAAAAAGACAUAAGAUGCAUUGAGCGUUUGAUGAUGGGCACCGAAAAAGACAUCUAGGUCUAUUGCCGUAUAAAUAGUGGUACAUUUUAAACCUUAAAGUCAGUCAGAAUUUGGAUUUCGAUCUUGGUUGUUUGGAUAAGCCAUCGCACAAAGCAAGGAGGAUUCUUCGACAUAUCAUUUCAAUAUUUUCAUAAGACCCUUAAACUAUUUUUCAAAAAAGUUCUUUUUUAAGUUCUACUCCUUUUCUUUUUGUUGUGAGAAUUCUGGGUUUACAAUGUUUAAGGUUUGUUAAAUCCAUAAAGACAUCACAUUGAAUAUAUUAAUCUCUUUAAUUUAAAGAUUGUGUGCCUCAUGCUCAUAGUGUCAACGGUGUUGGCCCGUCCUGAACCACCAGUUAACUCAUACCUGCCACCCUCAGACUCUUAUGGACCCCCCGGGAGAGGAGGUGGUUCUAAUGGUAAUGGUAACGGUAAUGGUUCAAGUCAACGGCCUUCUUCUAAUUAUGGAGCUCCGGGAACAGGAAGCAAUGGCGGUUCUCAUUCGAAUGGAGGUGGAACUCCGUCUGAUGCCUAUGGAGCACCAGGACAUAAUGGAAACGGAGGUGGGCGACCAUCGUCUACCUAUGGAGCACCGGGACAAAAUGGUAAUGGCGGGUCUAGACCAUCUUCGACUUAUGGAGCUCCCGGACAUAACGGACACAACGGACACAACGGACAUAACGGACACAACGGACAUAACGGACACAACGGACAUAACGGAAAGAACGGUGGCAAUGGAGGAGGAAGGCCUUCAUCGACUUAUGGUGCCCCUGGUCAAAAUGGGAAUGGUGAUUCUUCUAACGGCAGACCAUCUGACUCAUAUGGACCUCCAUCUAAUGGUAAUGGAGCUCAACGACCAUCAGAAUCAUACGGAGCACCUUCGAAUGGAAACGGAGGAAAUGGCGACGCCCACCGACCAUCUGACAGCUAUGGCCCACCAGCAUCUGGAAAUGGUCGAAACGGAAACGGUCACGGACGAGGAGGGAACGGAGGAAGACCAUCGGAUACUUAUGGAGCUCCAGGAAGUGGCCCAAGCUCGGAAUAUCUAGCACCAGGUCAGGGUCAUCAUGGAAAUGGCAACGGCAAUGGCAAUGGCAAUGGCAAUGGCAAUGGCAACGGCAAUGGCAAUGGUCACCGUAACGGAGGUCAUGGUGGUGCUGAUGGCUAUGAUUAUUCUCAAGGUGGUAAUGGAGGUGACGAUGAGGGAAACAAUGAACCAGCUAAAUAUGAAUUUAGCUAUGAAGUUGAAGAUGCACAAAGUGGUUUGUCGUUUGGGCAUUCCGAGAUGCGUGAUGGUGAUUUGGCAACUGGUCAGUACAAUGUUCUUUUGCCAGAUGGAAGGAAGCAAAUUGUUGAGUAUGAAGCUGAUCAAGGUGGAUAUCGACCACAGAUCCGUUAUGAAGGGGAUGCUAUUGAAGGUGGAGCCUCAGGAGGUGGUAAUGGACAUGGUGGAGCUGGAGGUGCUGAUGGCUACGAUUAUAAUCAACCAGGAAGUGGUCAUAAUGGAGAAAAUGGAGGCGAAUAUCCAUCCUCCGGCCAAGAUUUAGGAGCUCAAGGAUACUCAAGCGGAAGACCAAAUGGAAAUGGAAAUGGUAAUGGAAAUGGCAACGGACACGGACACGGUCGUAAUGGUGGUGGGUCUAAUGGACAAAGCUUAGGCACCAAUGGAUACUCAAGUGGCCGGCCAAACGGACAAGAUCUCGGAUCCAAUGGUUACUCAAGUGGAGAACCCAAUGGUAAUGGCAACGGUUAUUCUCAUGGACAUGACUCAUCUUCAGGUCAAGACAAUAAUGGAAAUGGGUAUUCAAGCGGCCGACCAAAUGGACAAGAUCUGGGCACAAACGGUUACUCCAGUGGCCGGCCAAAUGGAAACGGCCGUAAUGGGGAUGGUAAUGGAAAACACAAUGGUGCUGGACGUAAUGGCAAUAGUAAUGGACAUUCACAUGAUCAUGAUUUUGGUGCUGGAGGGCAAAAUGGUGAAAAUGAUGGAAGUGGAUAUCAGUAUUGAGAAGACUUUGUGAACUUAAAUCUAGUUGACGUUUUUCAUUUUCAUACGCAAUGCAACAUAUGUUUAUGUUUUUAGUUAUUAUUAUUUUAAUUAUUGUUUUUUUUUCUCAUUACAUUUUAUUUACUUUAUCACCUAAGUUAUAAAAGAAAACUGUCUGUCCUAUAAUAAACAAACCAGCAAAAAUUAAAACAAACAAAAAA